AUGGACUCGACGGAAAUCGAUUGCAAACUUGAACAUGUGCAAUCUCUAAAAACCAAAUUCGAGCAGCUGAAAUUGGAUUACUAUUCAGUGCUGAAGGAUGAGGAAUUGGACGAAAAUGAAGAGAUUUUCAUUGAUCUCGAAGAAGAAUUAGAAAAAUUAGAAGUCGCCCUCAAGCGCAAGUUCAAGCAGCUGAACAACAAUAUUUCCCGCUCCUUUAAUGAUGCACCACCUAACUCAACAAUCAGUAUCCGGCUUCCCGAAAUAUCACUUCCAAAAUUUAAAGGUAAAUAUGAAGAAUGGUUCCUCUUCAAAGAACAAUUAAACUCCAUCAUCAAUAGUAACUCUUCCCUCUCAGAUUCACAAAAACUGUCCCAGACAACCAACCAAAUCCAAAAGCCAUCUAUAAGAGAUCCAUUGGAUAAAGCAAGUAGACAUCACCAAAUCCACUAG